AAAAAAUCAAGGGCUUCGGGGGAAGGAGGGGGCUCGUAAAUCAGAGUUGGACCUGCAGUGCCCCCGACACCUAGAGGGCAACCAUGACCGACGAGAGCUCCGACGUUCCCAGGGAGUUGAUAGAAAGCAUAAAGGAUGUUAUUGGCAGAAAGAUAAAAAUUGCAGUGAAGAAGAAAAUAAAGUUGGAAGUUAAGGGAGACAAAGUAGAAAACAAAGUGCUGGUGCUGACAUCAUGCCGGGCCUUCCUCGUGUCAGCGCGAAUCCCCACCAAGCUCGAGUUAACCUUCAGCUACUUGGAGAUUCAUGGCGUCGUCUGCAGCAAGCCUUCUCAGAUGGUCGUGGAAACUGAGAAGUGCAGCAUCUCCAUGAAGAUGGCGUCGCCCGAGGACGUGAGUGAAGUGCUGGCUCACAUCGGCACCUGCCUGCGGAAGAUAUUUCCUGGCCUCUCUCCAGUGAGAAUCAUGAAAAAGGUCUCCAUGGAACCAUCUGAACGCCUGGCCAGUCUCCAGGCUCUGUGGGACAGCCAGACCGUGGCGGAGCAGGGACCCUGUGGUGGAUUUUCUCAGAUGUAUGCUUGUGUUUGUGACUGGCUUGGAUUUUCAUACAGGGAAGAAGUACAAUGGGAUGUGGAUACAAUUUAUCUGACACAAGACACCAGGGAAUUGAAUUUACAAGACUUUAGUCAUCUUGACCACAGGGACCUAAUACCUAUCAUUGCUGCUCUGGAGUACAAUCAGUGGUUCACAAAGCUGUCCUCUAAGGAUCUGAAACUGUCCACUGAUGUCUGUGAACAGAUCUUGAGGGUGGUGAGUAGGUCCAAUCGGCUGGAAGAAUUGGUGUUGGAAAAUGCUGGACUUAGAACAGAUUUUGCACAAAAACUGGCCAGUGCUCUAGCGCAUAAUCCCCACUCAGGACUCCACACGAUUAACCUUGCUGGCAACCCACUGGAAGACAGAGGUGUUGCCUCUUUAAGUAUUCAAUUUGCCAAACUCCCAAAGGGAUUAAAGAAUUUAAAUUUAUCUAAAACCUCAUUAUCGCCUAAAGGGGUGAAUAGCCUUUCUCAGUCACUCAGUGCCAACCCAUUGACCGCCUCCACCCUUAUCCAUCUAGAUCUCUCAGGGAACAUCCUCCGAGGAGAUGACCUCUCGCACAUGUACAAUUUUUUGGCCCAGCCAAAUGCCAUUGCUCAUCUGGAUUUAUCCAAUACAGAAUGUUCCCUGGACAUGGUUUGUGGAGCUCUUCUCCGUGGAUGCCUUCAAUAUUUAGCUGUGCUCAAUCUCUCCAGAACUGUCUUCUCUCACCGGAAAGGGAAAGAAGUACCCCCGUCUUUCAAGCAGUUUUUUAGUAGUUCUCUGGCUUUGAUGCAGAUCAACCUUUCAGGCACAAAACUGUCUCCUGAACCCUUGAAGUGA